UCUUCCCUUGUUUCCAUGCCAUCAGGAGCAACUGCCUAUCUUAGCCGCUGUGAUUGGAUACAGUUGUGUGGCUGGGGCUUAUGCAGCGCCGCCCUCUGCCGCGGCGUGUCGCUGUUGCGUGUCGACGUGACGUUUGGCGUUAAGACCGGACGCUCUUUGGCUCCAUGCUGCGACCGGAUGUGCAGCCGAGGUAUCAGUGCAAGGAUGGCAGCGAUGUUUACGUGUUGUCUUGGCUGCUGCGGAGAUGGCGGCUCGGGCCACAUUGCUCUGAAAGAAAUGCCCACGGUUCAGUUAGAUACUCACCACAUGGGCACAGAUGUUGUCAUUGUAAAGAGUGGUCGGAGGAUAUGUGGCACUGGAGGCUGUCUGGCCAAUGCUCCUUUGCACCAGAACAAAAGUUACUUUGAGUUCAAGAUCCAGUCCACUGGUGUGUGGGGAGUUGGUGUGGCCACGCAGAAGGUGAAUCUUAAUCAAGUGCCUUUGGGCAGAGACACAAACAGCCUUGUCCUGAGGCAUGAUGGCUCUGUGUACCACAAUAAUGAAGAGAAGAAUCGCCUGCCUGCAAACAGCCUUCCCCAGGAAGGUGACAUUAUUGGCAUCACAUACGACCACGUGGAGCUGAAUUUAUAUCUGAAUGGAAAGAACAUGCAUUGUCCUGCCUCUGGGAUCCGAGGCACUGUGUACCCAAUUGUUUAUGUGGACGACAGCGCCAUCUUAGACUGCCAGUUUAGUGACUUCUAUCACACACCGCCACAAGGAUUUGAGAAGAUCCUCUUCGAACAACAAAUCUUCUGAAGGAGCACUUCAGCCUCGACCCCACUUUACCUCCUCUGUAUCUCAUAGCAACCUCCGUGGCACUACAGUUUGACCUUAAUUGAAUGUUAUCGCUUUAUGUGGCUUUUUUUUUUUGUUUCCCUUGAUUACACUAGUCUCUACUGCUGCUCUGGAUUUAUGUUUGAGUAUCCUUGAAGAAGUGCAGGAUUUCUGAUAAUUGGUCAGCUGUGAUUGGCUGUUUGAGUCUAUGCUGAUGUGAAAAUUCUUCAAUCAAAUCAUUAGCCUGUGUCAACCCUAAUCACACUGUGUAUGAACUGAAACACGUUCAGCUGCUGCUUACAUCCACUGUGUGUCUGUAGAUGCCAGAAUCAGAAGCCAUGUUGGAUUGACGUUGCUUUAUAGUCAUGUUUCCCCCUAAAUACCAAACUGACAUCUCAGCAUGCGCUCUGUAUUUAUAUUUAUUUAUUUGAAUCACAGAUCAAAGUGAUAUGUUUCAUUAGUUUGACAGAUGAUGUAAAUAUUUUGAACAUCAAGAGUUUGUGACCUUGUUGAGGUAUAGCUGCCAGUACUGACUCAUCAAAUAUGUCCCAUUUACAUGUUUGCUGCCUUCUUUAUGUAAAAAUACAAUUCAAAGUAGAGACACUGCAGCAUUAUUUCAAUUUGAGUUGCCCCAAAAGGCAUGGGUUUAAAAUCCUAACUGCAUUUUGAAACAGCGCACAUUCCAGUGUCUUGAGGUUGACUUUUCUCUGAGGUAUGCUGAGGUGACGGUGCUAAUCAAAUCUAUGAACAGCCCUUUACUGUCUCCCCCACACUGGCCUCAUCCUGAAAUGUUUUUAAUGGAGUAUUUGUUCUAAAUAUCAAAAUAUUCCCUGAGUCCGGUGCUGGCCGUCUCUAAGUAAAGAUAUGUGGUUUAAAAAUGUCAAUCUGUCGUGUUGUAUUGGCAUUGCAUAUUCUUUGCUGAAGUGUGACGGUUGUAUAUUUCAAAUGCUUGUCUUUGUUUGCACUAUUGAUGCUAUAUUGUACAAGCAAAUCCAAAUAUUGUUGAUUCAAUAAACUUUUGUGUCUGGAAGCAA